CGCUGUUGAAGCCUGCGUCGAGGUAGAGGCGUGAUGGGGCGCCGUACGAGAGCUGGACGAAGGGGAGUAGCGGUCGGAGGGGUGAGUUGAAGAGCCCUGCGACUAUCGCGGCCCGAUCGACGCUGUUGAAGGCGUUCGAUAGGUUGACUUGGAGUACAAGGGCAGCGGGGAAUUCGGUUGUGUAGGCAUUCGCCUAUGGCGAUGGGUCGCGUGCCGCCCCCGGGCUUAGGAAAAGCGAUGAGGCGGCUGGCAGUGAGGAGGGAUGCAAUUUCGGCGGUGGAGUUCCCUUUUAGCUGGCGGAUUGUGAGCGCGUACAGUCUGCUGACCACCGUUCCGUUGGCGAGGGCAGCCUCGCGAAUGUGCUCGAAACACAUUCCUGAAGGCCCUGCGCCCACCCCGUUCUCGCAACGGCCGAGUAACCGGAUGAACUCAGCUUGCGAGAAUCUGUGGGAGCAGCAGGCGGAGAUCGUCACCAGCCUCGUCGCCCAGCACCCCAAGCUGCGCACCAGCCACGGCAGGAAGGUGUUGGAGAUCCGCCCCAUUGUGGACUGGGACAAGGGCAAGGCUGUCUCCUACCUCCUCACCACCCUCGGUCUGAACGAUGAUGGCUCGGUGCUGCCGCUCUACAUUGGGGAUGACCGCACCGACGAAGAUGCCUUCAAGAUGCUGCGGGAGCGGGGGUCAGGGUGUGGGAUCAUUGUGUCCGCAGCAGCCAAGCCCACUGCAGCCGCUUUCUCGCUCAGAGACCCCUCCGAGGUGAUGGAUUUCCUGCAGAAGCUGGUGAAGUGGAAGGAGCAGCAGGGGGCAUCAUGACAUGGAAGCUGUCAAGCUACUGCAUCUAGUUAACGACAUGCCAGGGUGACUCCAUCCUUGGCUUGGCCUGCCGCAAUAAGUGGAUGCUCCUAAGGGGGUGUUCAGAGCAGGACCGGACCGGAAUGUAAUGGUCGUUUACGUUCCGAAAACGCAAGCCACACACUUUAAUGCUCUGCGAUGUCCUCCUGAGACGUGGUGUGGUGUGCUCUACUUUCGAUUGUCAACCCCCCAUAUUCUUCCCUCGGGGCUGAUGCGGAACUUUUCCUGUUCAUGGGCUUGCUUAAUUAUGGCGCUCACUAGCUAGAAACCGAUGCAUGGGAAUCCUCGGGACAGCCUCGAGUUCAGUUCAUAGGGGAAACUUGGAUGUGCAUCCAUACGACGGUGGAGCUAAGUAGAUGUGGUUUUAUAGAUAAUUAUUUUUAGGUCGAGCGGAGGACGGUCUGCAUACCACUUGACUCCGUACAUGUUCGUUAGAAUGCUUUAGGGCAAUACACGUCUAUUUCCCCAUUUGUUAACCUACG